CUGUGGCGUCUCGAUGACAAUAUUGUUAGAAAACAGACAGGCAAAGAGAUGUUCACAGAUGUUGAUGAUGCUGAAUUUUGCAGUUCACCACUUCGCUCUUGCAACAACCAGAUGUCAGCACUGCAUGAAGGAAAUCAAUAAAGAGAAGGGUGGUGUGAUUCCAGUGCUUAGCUGGUGAAAUAAAUAUCAUCACAGACAUUUCCUCGGUUGUAUUCAGGAAUACACGAUUUAGUUGUAGUUAUUCUCGUGUUAUGAGUGGAAAUAACAAAGGGCUAACCGCUAAACAGGCAGCUAUCCUCGAGAAGUUUCGAGAAAGUGUGAAAGAUGUCUUGACACAGGAACAGUACAAUGAUGAUCACUACCUGCUCCGCUGGCUGCGUGCCAGGGAGUUUGAUGCCAAAACGUCCGAAAAGAUGAUCAGAAAUAGUUUGAAGUGGCGCAAACAGAUUGGAGCAGAUGAAAUCAGUCGGGAUUAUGUAAUUCCUCAAGUGAUAGAUAAAUACUACACCGGUGGUUUAGUGGGCUUUGACAAGGAAGGGAGUCCUCUCUGGGUAGACCCCUUUGGACAUAUCGAUCUUAAAGGGAUAUGUUAUUCUGCCAGGAAGAUUGACGUGAUGAAGAGUAAAGUGAAGGUGUUUGAGUCAAUUUAUAGGCAUUUUGAUGAACAGACAAAAAAGCUCGGAAAGACAGUGGAUCAAGUGGCGGUCAUAUUUGAUUUGGAAAAUCUCAGCUGGAAACACAUGUGGAAGCCAGGAGUGGAACUCUUCAAUGACCUUGUCCAAAUGGUUGAAGAUAACUAUCCAGAAACAUUGAAAGUCAACUACAUAGUAAAUGCCCCUAAAUAUUUUCCCAUUGCCUUCAACCUUGUAAAGCCAUUCCUGACUGAGACAACCAUCAAGAAGAUCAAAGUGUUUGGAACUUCUGGUUGGAAAGAGGUGUUACUGAAGGAAAUUGAUGAGGACCAAUUGCCUGUGAAGUAUGGAGGGAAACGGAGAGAUCCUGAUGGAGAUGGAAGCUGUAAGAGUGAGAUAUGCUAUGGAGGGAAGGUGCCCGAAUCUUACUUUCUACCUGACAAGUUCACCCUACCUAAAAAAAGUCUAGUUGAUACUACUAUAGGUCGAGGAGGAAAUUUAGAGCUAGAAUUUAAUAUCCAGGAACCAGGUUCAGCUCUCAGAUGGCAGUUCAAGACCCAGGAUCAUGACAUUAUGUUUCUUGUGAUGUACAAGAGGGGCAAAGAGUUAGAGUUUCUCAUGCCAGAACAUCGAUCAAACAGCUUUUUGUAUGUUGAGGAUGGUUAUCUAGAGUGUAAAAAACCUGGAAAAUAUAUUGCCAAAUUUGACAACAGUUACAGCUGGAUGAAGAGCAAGAAAAUUACGUAUGGGGUCGUCGUGUUAUCACCGAGCGAAUUCACUGCAUAUCUACAAACAAUAGGAGUUAAAAAAAGAACUGUUUCGCAAAACCCACCAACUGCAAGGGAGCCAGAUCGUAUUUCACAGAAAUCGUCAGAUCGCUUGUCUCAAAAAUCGGAAUACUUUGAUACGGUUUCUAUUCAUUCCAGGGAGCAAAGACCCAUUUCUGAUUACAACAGGCCCGAAUCUGAGUACCACACACCUGAGUGUGAUGAUCAGAAACUUGCGCCAGACUUCAGUAAGCACAUCAGACAUGGGUCUGAUUCCAAACAAACGAACCCUGAUUAUGGCAGACGUGAUCCAGAUGCCAGUAAACGUGAUCCUCACCGUAUAAGACAUAGGGCAGACUAUGACAGGCCUGAGGCAGAUUACUAUGGAAAUGACUAUGAUUACACUAGAUCUGAUCCGGAGUGCUACUCCAAAUCAGAUUCUAGAUAUUCUGAUCGGAAAUCAAGAUCUUCGGGUACUGGUAGUUACAAAGAUGAUGAGUAUAGAGACGCUGAUUAUGAUGAUGGGUACACCAGAUCUGGGUCGCAUAGCAGUCGAUAUGACGACUAUGCUGAAGAUGCUGACUACAGAUAUAAGACAGACUAUAGGCAUGGGUAUGAGGACAGACAUAGUACUGAUUACAAACAAGAAACUGAGGAUAAGCGCAGCAGGCAUGGUUCAGCGGAAAGAUACAGGGCUGAUUACAAGCAUAGGUCUUAUGGCAGGCACAGCGUCGAUGGUAGACACAGUGCUGAUGAUAGACACAGCACUGAUGGUAGACACAGUGCUGAUAGUAGACACAGCGCUGAUGGUAGAUAUAGCACUGAUGGUAGACACAGCACUGAUGGUAGACACAGCACUGAUGGUAGACACAGCGCUGAUGGUAGACACAGCACUGAUGGUCGACACAGUGCUGAUGGUAGACACAGGGCUGAUGGUAGACGCAGUUCUGAUCACAGACACGGAUCUGAGGAAAGACACAGAUCUGAGGGCAAGCACAGUUAUGAUUACAGGCAUGGCUCUGAAUACACCAGAGAACAAGAUUACAAAGAUGACCCAGAUAGCCAGUAUCGAACUGAUUACAAAGAUGAUAUCGACUACCGUCAUGAGUCCGACUCGGGAAUUGGCACUCGAGAAUCUGAUGACAGGAGGGAGGCAGAUGACAGUCCGAGGCGAUAUGAUGACUACCGUCAGGAUCCGGAUUAUCAGUCUCGGUCUGAUCAUCGGUAUGGAUCCGAAUAUUACCGUGGGUGUGAUCACACAUCACAGAGAGACUAUGACAGAUAUAGUUCCGAUUAUCGCCGUGGUUCAUCCCGGUCGGAUUAUCGAAGUGAGUCUGACUAUAGGCACAGGUAUGAUUAUGGACCAUCUGAUGUAUCAGAUGAAGAAUAUUAUCGGCGACAGUCCGAUGGGCCGACUCCCAAUACUAGCGAGUCAGAAACAGACUCUUAUGCCGCUGGUCGACGCACCAGUUAUUACCAGCGUUAUGAGAGGACACAAUCUCUUUCACGAUUGCAGGCCAUUGAAAAAGAUCAACGAAUUCUGAGACAGCACGAGCUUCCUAAUCAAAAUGGACGUUACUAUAUAAAUGAUGAUGAAUCUAGGAGUGUCUCCCCCGUCCCUGAAUCCAAAGACAUUAGCCAUACCCAUGUUGUUCAACCGGUGAAUGUGCCAAGUAGGGAUAGCCACCGCACCCCUAAACCCCCUAAACCUAGACCGGUUAGCAACCACUCUCAAAAUCAAAUCCCUCUGAGUAAAUCCCAGUCCCUUACUGGCAUCAACACCCUUGUUGACACAAACGAAGCCAAUGUUGCACCGUCUAAUGAAGCACAACCUAGAAGAAGAUCAAAAGGCUCCCCUUUCAAGAAGAAAGUCAAAUCACCACCACGGUCCCCUUCAAAACUUCAACUUGUCAAAACUUCAGUGUGUCGGCAACAGUGAACUAUGUCUUAAAGCUUUUGUGCCAACAACAGACAGCUGGUGAUACUUUGUACAAGUCCUGGUCAAACAUACAACGAACAAUUUAUAAGAUUACUACUGAAUAUGAUAGUUACUGUAGACUUACAAUCCUUUGUCCAAGGUGUUUUAGAGGGUUGAAUGGCACUUUUUCAAUCGUUUCCUUUACCACUCUUCAUCUAUCUCAAAGGUUUUGGCGAGUGUUCUGUCGCCUGUAUUUGGUAUCUAAUUCACCAGUGCCUAUCUAGUUGUCUGUUGUUGCUUGAUAAGAGUAGUGGAGUUUAUCUUAACCUACGGAGAGUUCUAAUUGUAAUCAUAACUGCUGAUGUAUACAGUUUUCUGGGAUAAAUUUCUAAGAUCAAUAUAUGUAGUCAUAGGUGAUAAUCGAUAGAUGUUGACAUGAUGAUCAGGUUUGUAAAAUGUUGAGUCUUGAAGCUCGUGUCUUGAGUGUAAUAAGGCUUUGGUAGUUUGAAUACUGGUCGGCCCUCAGUUCCAACUUGAAUCCACUUGAAAAGAAGUUGAACCUCCUUCGUACAGAACCGGUACAUUGGGACAUUUGUUAGGCAUUGGCCCCAUGUAUAAACUAGAAUAAGUGACUCAUUUUCUUCCGCUUGAAAAUGAAAACUGGAAAAAUGUGUUUUGUUUACAAUUUCUAAACUUGGAGGUCAAAGGUUCUUUGGUGAUGGCAUCUGCAUUUAUUUUCCUUUAUUUACACAGUACUUAUUUUCCUUCUUCUCCUCAGCAUUUAUGUAGUUAUAGUUUACCGUUUUUAUUUGUUAACAAAUUAUUCAAUGAUUGUUUUAUGAAAAGUGCCAUAGAAUCAAAUGACUGCAUUUAUAAUACAUGACAGUGUCUCCCUGCAUAUGUGCCAUGUAUAACAUGUGUAAUAGAUUCGAACUCAUGCACAGCAAUGCAAUACCAGAGAAAGAUACAUGUGCCCAGCAGACGAGAAAUUUUUAUUGCCUGUGAUAAUUGUCACAGGUCGCUGCAGCAAAAACCUCUUGUCUGCUUGGUGCUUUAGUUACAAUGUGGCUUUAGUUACAGAAGGAUAGGACUUCCUGGUUCGGUAUGGUUUGGUUUACCGCCAGGAGAAUAAUGACUGUGGAUGACACCCUGGCCUUCCCCCAUCCAACAUUUCCAGCGUCCUCCUCAAGGUAAGGCUUGAGAUGGCUAAAUCUAGAGUGACCUUGAAGGGUUUUAUCCUUGUGAACAAGGCUGUAGUGAUUUUCUUGAUGAUGUUUAGCAUACACAUUAUGAUUGUUGGUUGUACUUUGAAAUAUAUCAAACUGCAUUUACGAAUUCCCGGUAAGUGCCUUUUGUAAUCAAUAAAGUUUGUAAAUUGCUUUACUAUUUUUAUUUUAUUCAUGAAGAUAUAUGUCUAUUUUUCAUUGAUGUGUAUAUCAUUCAUUUGCUGAUAAUAAUUUAGCUUUUUAAAGAUUGUCUCUUUUGACAGCUUCCUCGAAUAUGUAAAUAUGUUCUUCCUCUAUCGUUGUUGAUAUUGUUGAUGUUAGCCGAGAUCUUGUUAACCCUUAGACAUCUGAGAGCCAAGGCGUGUUUUAGGAUGACUGAGAGCAAUACUUCUUCCUCAUCUUCGCAGCACUCCUAAGACUGUCAGCCCUCUUCGUCGAAUGAACUCAGUCAUCCUUUGCUAUUCCAACCUGUCUCUUUUGUACAGUUGAUCCUUCAUGUUGAUCCGCCAUUUGACCAGUGGGCUUUGUGCAGAGAGCAGUCCUGUAGUACAGGACUAGUUGUCAUCAGUCCCAUGUUGCAAUUGGUAUUUGGUACUUGUGGAACAGGUGGUGCUAGAUUCUGGUGUCACUUCAGAGUCAGUAGAUGGUUACUUGAUGAAUAAUUCAUUCUUGCAUAUCUGUUCUCAGGGUUAUCAAUUUCAAUUCACUGUUUUCCUUCAAUAAUGUGAAUGUGUUCAGUCAGUGGACAGCUAUGUAGAGUGUAUACAAUCUGUAUAUCUUAUCUCUCUGACAAUAUUUCCAGUCUCGCUGAAAGGGCCUAGUUUGAAAUGAUGUAAAAUGAUAAUAGUCUUGUUAAUAAGCAGUGUUGACCACAGCGAAUCUCAAGCUGUUUAUAUCUAGUCACGUCAUUACCAGUUUACACUUCUAUGUUAAGGAUAUGUGUAUAUAUAUUUAAACUUUUUGAAUGUAGCAUGUAAAAAUAUGUUAAAGUCUAAAUGCUACAGCAUUGCAUUUCGUGAUGUAAAUAUAUGUAAAAGUCUAAAUGCUUUGGCAUUCUUUUCCUGAUGUGUCUUUCCUCCUGAAGUUGAACUUGACAUCUAUGUAUCGGUGAAUGUUGGUCAACUUGAGUGUAAUCUAUGUAGUGAUAAUUUCACACUAUGUAAUAAGGUUUGGAGUGUGAUUUGCUGGAUGGGCCACAUGAUCAUUUCCCUUUUGUGGGUAGGGGGAAUUCUAUAGGUAAACGCAGAUAUGAAAUAAUCAUGAUGCAGAGAGAGUUAAAAGCCUGUGAUAAGGGUGGGUCAGGUUGAAAAAUAUGAAAAUCCUGUUGAAGAGCGUUAUUAGUUUUCCGUCAUAACAAUCAGAAACCCCCCCCCCUCAAAUUAUAAGAGAGAGAGAGAGAGGUUCGGGGGUCGCCCUUUCAUGAGCACUGCGGUCAUGAAUCCUAAUAAUAAGGUAGUGGCCAAUCAAGGGUGUGUAGUCGCUAGUAUAUUUUUUCAGUACAUCACACAUUGUUCACUGGCAAAGGUAGAAUCUAUAAGAGAGGUUAAAUCCGGUAAUCAUCAUAGAUUCUAUGAUAGCCCAUCAUAGAUUCUGUAAACUGAUAAUUUCCAUCAUAGAAUCUAUGAUGAAACAAGAUGGUAGUAUCUAGCAUAUGUGCCCAUCAUAGAUUCUAUUGAUGGAAUCCGUUGUAGAAUUCUCAUCACAGAAUCUCCAAUUGACUGGGAGGUCGUAGAAUCUAUGAUGGCCCGUAAUAGAAUCUGCAUGGAUGUUGGUAGACCCACUGUAAAACGAGGUUUGUGAUAAUCAUCACAGAUUCUACCACCGGCCAUUCAUAGAUUCUAUGCCUGUGUAAGAACUCUCUUAAAUUUCCUUUCGUAGUAAAUAGAGAUACUACUCUUUAUUCAAGUUAGUGGUCUCCACUAAUGAAACCUUGAAUCUGUUUUUGGGAUUCAUCUUAGUUCUUUCACACUAUGUGAGUUUUAAAGGAGAGUACUAUUGUGAAAUAAAAUUUCUUGUUUUGAUGUGAUGUAAAAAAUCCUGAAAAGUCUUUGAAUUUGUAAUCUAGUGGAAUGAUGAAUAGAAAUAAAAUUUAGCUGUUUAUGUUG